CGGUAUUCUCGGAUUCUAUCUCAAUCUCUGAGGUUCAUAUGUAAUUUACUGUCAAUUUGAAACCCAAAGAUAUAUUUUUGGUUGUAUAAAAUAUAAAAACGUAUGUUUACAUUUUUAUUGGUGAUUUCUAUAGCCUUUUGCGUUACCAAAUGUGAUCUAGAAAUAAUAGACGCAGGCAUUCUACCAAUCCAAGAAGACGAUAUGGCAAUCAUUUUCUAUCUUACUUUAAAAAAUCAAUGCGAUAAAAAUCUAGAAAUAUCAGUUACGAUGAACGAAUGUUGCGACCAAUCUAAACUCGAUGAAAACAAUUGCAAUAUGUACUUAAUAGGUGGAUAUAUGGGGAUACUGAAGAUGAUGGAGACUAGAAAUGUGACUUUAAUAAAUCCCAAUUUGUACACAUUCUUUAGAAAAGGUACGUGCUCGAUUUCAGUGUUGUACAGAAGUUCCAAAUUUGAAAGGGUCCUAACGAAAAUAAUAGAUUUUCAAACAAACAGCAGCGAAGAAGGUCGAGAUAUUUGCCCGACCUGCGAUACAGAUCCAGCGGAUAACUGCAAUCAAGUAGAUUGCGUGAUUAAGUAUUUUGGAGAAAGAAGCUACUUCAAUCCGACUACAAAGGAAUGCGAGAAUGUCCCAAUUUGUUUGAAUGACCCAACCAGAGAUCCGAACGAAUUGAUUGGAUACUCAUGGUUAACGAACAAUUGCUUAAACCUAAAUAAUUCUGUCACCAAAUACGAUUUGGAAUAUUUGGAAAAUAAUUUAGCUGAUUCAAGUGAAAACGAUAUGAUACUCAUGAAUAACGUAAUAUGCCAUCAUGGAGAAUUGGGUACUGACGGUGACUGUCUAUGCGCUGGUACCUGGAGGACGUCUCUAUUCGAAGACGACGUAUACGAACCAUCCCUAUUCCUGUACCAUAUGUGUAACAUAGAACCUGGAGGUUGGAAUUGCGUCAAUAGAAACAGAAUAGAAGCCACAGCUUUAAUAAUCGCUAUUCUUUCGUUUACGGUCGCAACGAAGGUACUAAUUUUGAUGUGCAUCCUCAAUUGGUGUUACAAGCAUUUUAAGAAGAGUAAGAAAUCGGUCAUUUGUACGGAGAAUCCCGAUGACUUUGAUAAGUCGUUGAUUAUGUCCGAUUAUUCGAAGGAUUCGUCGAGCAGGUGCAUUUGUAGCGAUUUGAAGAAGACGCGUUUCAGUACGAUGUCGAAGGAGAACGUGGAUAUUAGUUAUUAUCCUGGAGGACGUGCUGGUGGCAUUCAAUACUGUGCAAAAUCAGAAAGUGUGGUGAAGGGUCCAGAUUACAGCAUACAUUUGAGCAACAGUUCGUCGAGCGGAACUGUUCAAUCCAUCGAAACCGAGAGCGAUGCUUGCAGUUGUACAGAAGAAACGAGCGAUUAUGAAAUCGAUUUCACUGGAGAAGAAGAGGAGUGCAUUUGUCCGGAAGUACCAGAAAAACAGGAAGACAAAGAAGACAAUGGAUCUACCGAUGAAAUAGAAGAUAGCAAGCAAGAAGAUGCUAAUAAAAAGUUGAAAUUCUCCAAAUCAGACAGUUCGGAGAAAGUCGAUAUGUAACAUUUUACAUUUAUAUUUAUAUUUCAAACAUUUUAGAAUAAAUAAAUUAAUAAAACA